AUGAUGAAGGGACUGGAGCAUCUCCCUGAGGAAUGGCUGAGGGAGCUGGGGCUGUUCAGACUCAGGAGGAGACACACCUGAGAGGGCCUUCCAAAGUGUAUAAAUAUCUAAAGGGGGUGCCAAGGAGAUGGAUCGGGCUCUUCUCGGUGGUGCUGAGCAAUAGAAGAGGCUGCGGGCAUGGGAAGUUCCACCUGGACAUGAGGCAGAAUAUCUGUGCAGUGACCGAGCCCUGGAACAGACACCAGAGAGGGGCUGGAGUCUCCCGCACUGAGGUGUUCCUGGACCGGGAUCACGGCCCGGUACAGCCCGGAUCACAUCCGGGAUCACAGCCCGGAUCACAGCCCGGGAUCACAGCCCGGGAUCCCGGCCCGGUACAGCCCGGGAUCACAGCCCGGGAUCACAGCCCGGUACAGCCCGGUACAGCCGGAUCACGGCCCGGGGCGCUGCGGCCGCCGGCCGGCAGAGGGCGCUGCAGCGGGCGGUGCCGCCGCGCGGGGCCCGCCGGGACAGCGACGAUGGCGGCCCGUGUCCUCUCGUCCUGCGCCCGCCGCCUGCGGCCGCUGCCCGCCCGCCCCGCCGCGCUCCGCUCGCUCCGCCGCCUGCCGCCCGCCCCGCCGGGCCGCCCCGCGCCGCCCGCGCUGCUCCGGCUGCCCAGCGUGGCCGCGCCGCUCUGCCGCGGCUUCUCCGAGCUGCCGCCCCUGACCUUGGCCGACAUCAAGGACCGGGUGCUCUACGUGCUCAAGCUCUACGAUAAGAUCGACCCCGAGAAGCUCACAGCCGAGUCCCACUUCAUGAAGGACCUGGGCCUGGACAGUCUGGACCAAGUGGAGAUCAUCAUGGCCAUGGAGGACGAGUUCGGAUUUGAAAUUCCUGACGGAGAUGCAGAGAAGCUGAUGUGCCCACAGGAGAUUGUAGAUUACAUUGCAGAUAAGAAGGAUAUUUACGAGUGAAGCAGUUCCUCAGAGGACUUGUCCCACACCAGGACUGGGCUGGUGCCGGCAGGGAUGGAUGGGAGCGCACACGCUGUCCCACUGAGGCCUUCAUUGGGAAGCUGCACGUGGAUGUUGUAUUUAAAACUGUCUGAAUGUGUUGUCCUUUAAAAACCAGAAAAAAACAGGAAUAAAGAGUUAAGACCA